AUUCAAUCCAUUAUUUCCAUCAUAUUAUGAUCAUCACGGAUCGCUUGUCCGUAUCAUUGAGGUCCCAUUGUAUUAGCAUCACAACUACUAUUAAUUUCUGCCAUGGUAUACUCCUAGGCUGAUACUACCCACAAAAGAUGCUAAUAAAACAGGUUCGCCCCAUAACUGACGAAGACACGGGCCUAAGGGUCCUCCACGAACCAGCAGUGGAGACAACUGGAAACCAAGCACCUGUUAUCGAGUACGCACCCUCUAUCCUCACCUGAAACUUCCUAUUCUCUCUAACGCGUUUAAGCAUUGUCGCGAUCCAUGGCAUCGGUGCCCAUCCCGUCGAUACUUGGUGUAAAAGGGUCGGCACAGGCGAAACGUCGCACUACGUCAACUGGCUCGAGAAAGAAGACAUGCUGCCAUCAGUAGUACCGAAUGCUCGGAUAAUGCGAUAUGGAUAUAUGUCCCGGUGGUAUGGGGAUGAGGCUAUUCGCCAGAAGACAACCGCUGUUGCAAACCGUCUACUUGGAUCUUUGAAACGCACAAGAAAGGCAAGCUGUUAUAUUGCCUUAUUUAAUUCAAAGUACUAAUUUUGUUUCUAGGGCACUGCUCUCCAAUCGCGGCCUCUCAUUUUCGUCGCUCACUGUUUUGGUGGACUGGCCAUUUUACAGGUGUGAACGCUGAACUUGUAUAAAAGAACGACUAGCUAAACAUGAUAGGCACUUCUUAACGCGGAACGUUUUCCUGAAGAAUGGCCUGGGAUAUAUUCUUCCACUUACGGCGUAGUGUUUCUUGGUACCCCUUUUAGAGGGGCCCCUGGAUUAACACUGAACGAACUUCUUAAGGCGGUAAAUGCGGAGCACCUAGAUACAAUCCAAGGAGAAAUCUUACGGAUACUUGAUCCUGAUGAUGAAUCGCUGCUUGAGAUGGUACAUGUCUUUGAGAAGGUUCAGGCUAGGUCACUACAGAGAGCCAAGAUUACGUGUUUUUUUUGAACAGAAGCCAUGUAAUGUUAAGGCUAUCUUGGGAAAAGAGGGGAAGAAGGUAUGUUAUACCUAAACCUGGGGAAGCUCUAAGGCUAAUUAGGAUAGUCAUUUGCAGUUUCGGAAGGCUCUGGCUGCCUCGGCUCAGCGCAGAAAAUCGGUCUCCAACGGAAUCAUUUCGACAUGAACAAAUUUGGGAAGCCUACAGACGAGGAGUAUCUGACAGUAUGUGAUGCUAUAACUGAUAUCGUGGAUGCUAUCCCUACUAUGGUCUCAGCUCAGCCUCAGUGUAAGUUGUCCUUGCCAUCUAAAUAUAAUUAAUAUCUAAUUGAUACAUAGCCGAGCAACCGCCUUAUCGUGGAGGUAAAGAUAGCCUUAUAUUUGAUAGCAAGCUUGAACAGCAAGAUCUUAGUAAGACUCUCUAUAUAUAUCCUUUGAUUAGAUUAUCUCUAAUAUUGCGUGAAGCAUGCCUUCGGUCUCUAGCUUUCUUAGAAAUGGACUAUCGACGACACGAUACGCAACGAGCUCAUGCAAAUACAUGUGGCUGGAUUACUAGUGAUAUCUCGUACACUACCUGGCUUAAGGAAGGCUCUGGAAUUCUCUGGAUCAAGGGCAAGCCUGGAUCGGGGAAAUCUACAUUAAUGGAAUUUCUCCUUCAGCAUUUCAAGAAGCAACCUCUCUGCCAGGAAUCCAUUCAACUUUCGUUCUUCUUACAUGGUCGGGGUACUAUGUUACAGAAAAGUCGCCUUGGAAUGUAUCGGUCUCUCUUACAUCAGUUGCUACGAACGGUACCCACUGCUCAAGCUGAAUUUCGCCACGCUUUUCAAGAGAGGUCUAGGAGUCAAGGAGAUCCUGGAAAGGACUGGAACUGGCAUACCAAUGAGCUCCGUGCCUUCUUCAUGAACGCUGUUGAGUAUGUUGCAAAAAAACAUCCAGUCAAUAUAUUUGUCGACGCAUUGGACGAGGCGAACGAUGGUACCAGCGAUCAAAAGACAAGUCAUCAAAUUGUUUCGGAUUUCCACAAACUAAACGACCUUCUAUAUUGCCAAAAGCUCCGCUCCACAAUUUGCUUCUCAUGCCGCCACUUUCCUAUUGUAGCUGAUAAUCAAGGACGUGAUAUCUAUGUUGAAAACGAAAAUCAUAAAGACAUCUCACAUUACGUUUACGAUGAGCUUCAGAGAAGACUUUCUGUGAGUGAAACUGAGAAACAAUACUUGGUAGAACUACAAAAUACCAUUGUCGAAAGAGCACAAGGAGUAUUUCAAUGGGCCACACUUGCGGUUGGUUUAGCGGUUCAACAUCACAAUAAUGGUAUACCACCAGAUGAGAUAAGCUAUAUGUUAGCAAAGGUUCCUGAAGAGCUAGGUGGUGUCUAUAGACAUAUCCUAAGCGAGGUCAUCGACAAGAACAGUCACAGGCAAACUCUACGUCUUAUGAGAUGUGUAUAUCUCGCGGAACGACCUUUGACAGUAACUGAGAUUUGUUUCGCUAUGUAUCUACCAGAUACCGAGGUACUUAGCGCAGAGCUUUCUCUUACAAACCUAUCAUUGCCCACGCAUAAUGUGAUGGAGNGUUGGUUUAGCGGUUCAACAUCACAAUAAUGGUAUACCACCAGAUGAGAUAAGCUAUAUGUUAGCAAAGGUUCCUGAAGAGCUAGGUGGUGUCUAUAGACAUAUCCUAAGCGAGGUCAUCGACAAGAACAGUCACAGGCAAACUCUACGUCUUAUGAGAUGUGUAUAUCUCGCGGAACGAUCUUUGACAGUAACUGAGAUUUGUUUCGCUAUGUAUCUACCAGAUACCGAGGUACUUAGCGCAGAGCUUUCUCUUACAAACCUAUCAUUGCCCACGCAUAAUGUGAUGGAGUGUGAGAGGCCGGACCUUGAACAGCUCAAAGGUGUGGUUUCGAAUAUUGAAUUAAGAAGUGCGUGAAGACUACAUACAUCCGAGCUCUUCCUCUAUAUAUAGAGAGAGGAAGAGCUUCCUGAAUAUUCCAAGAAACUUGCAAGAAACUUGAAUGACGAAUACAUGAUGUCAGAAGAACAAAACAAGAAAGUGUGGAAUGGUGGAAACCUGUUUGGCGGUGGGGUAAUGGCCAGUGCUAGGCGGGGACUUUGGUCAGUGCUUAGCGAGGGCAUGGCCCGAGCCUCCAUCAUGGGUUCCAACCCUCACAUGGAGCGACAAAUUACUAGCCUGUCCGGGGGCCUGAUUGAGCUAAGACAGCAUGAGAAGGAUCAGAUAACACAGUUUAUUCACCAAUCUGUGAAGGAUUUCAUUUUUCAAGAUGGACUCCAAUUGCUCGACAAGAUGGAUUCUCAAGACCUGAUCGGACAAGGUCACUAUCAGUUGUCACUUGUUUGUGGAAACUACAUAAAAAUGAGUGAAAUGGAUAAGACAAGCAGUAUCGAUGCUGUUUCUAUAAAAGGUCGACUUCCUUUUGUAGAUUAUACUACAAAAUCUUGGUUCCUCCAUGCUGAAAAAGCCGACACACGAGGGAUUUCACAAGAUUACCUCCUUCGUUACAGCCAAUACUAUCCAAAGCUAAUUAAGCGUUGGGUAAAUUACUAUCAAAUCCUUGAUAGAUAUAAUUCUUCUGAACGCCGGCCUGAGAAUGAUUCUACCUUGCUCCAUAUUGCCUCUUCCGCUGGUCUAUUAAGUGUUGUAAGGGGUAUACUCUUGCAAAAUCCCGAUAUUGAGCAAGUUGAUGGCUCAGGAAACCGGGCUCUGCACCAUGCAUCUCGUUGGGGCCAUACAAAGGUUGUUAAAGCUCUACUCGAUAUAGGCGCAGAUUUUGACUGCUGUANAUUGAGCAAGUUAAUGGCUCAGGAAACCGGGCUCUGCACCAUGCAUCUCGUUGGGGCCAUACAAAGGUUGUUAAAGCUCUACUCGAUAUAGGCGCAAAUUUUGACGCAGAAAAUCACAGCGAGUGUACAGCACUCGAGCGAGCAGCAGCUAAUGGACAUGAAGAGGUAGCUCAGAUGCUACUUGCUAAAGGUGCAAAUAUCAACAAACAAACCGGAAGUACUGGAAAUGCCUUAUAUGGAGCUGCCGCCAAAGGAAGUAAAACUGUAGUACAACUACUCCUUGACAACCAAGCUGAAGUCAACGCUCAAGGCGGGGAGUAUGGCAACGCUCUCCAAGCUGCAGCAUCUGAACGCCAUCAAGCAAUUGUGCAGCUGCUCCUUGACAACCAAGCUGAAGUCAACGCUCAAGGCGGGUUUUAUGGCAACGCUCUCCAAGCUGCAGCAUUUGGGGGCCAUCAAGCAACUGUGCAGCUGCUCCUUGACAACCAAGCUGAAGUCAACGCUCAAGGCGGGGCCUAUGGCAACGCUCUCCAAGCUGCAGCAUCUGGACGCCAUCAAGCAAUUGUCCAGCUGCUCCUUGAAAAUAAAGCAGACUCGAGUUAUCUUCAUCCAAACUUCGCCGAUGGCCAUCGCGUGCAAACUCUCUACAUUGAAGAGAUUGUCACGAUGUUACUUAACAGUGCUUCUAAGAUAAAAUCUUUUCAUUCUAAUGUCCAAAAAGGUCACGAUUCCGCAGUUGCUUCAGCACUAGACAGCGGCAUGAAACCCGAUGUCCCUGGUGGCUGGUACUUAUAUGCUUUACAUACUGCAGCGAGUCAAGGGAACCUUUCAAUUAUCGUUUUGUUAUUAGCAAAAAGCAAUGCCGAGCUCGAUAUACCAGAUUUCGCUGGUCGAACCCCGCUUUGGCUAGCUGCACAAUCAGGCCAUGUUUCUGUCUUAGACAAACUUUUUGAAUCAGGAACAGUAGAUAUCAAUCCUCGAGACCUCGAAGGUAGAUCAGCGCUUUGGCAGUCCUCGGCUCGUGGACAUCUCAAUGCUGUCAAGUGGCUACUAAGUCGGAAUGCCAAUCAUAAGAUUCCAGACAACUAUGGAUUGUCGCCCUUAGAGAAAGCCGAGAUUGAAGGUCACAAAUCUAUUAUAGAGGCUAUAAGGAGAGCCCCUUGACACGAAAACCGAGACUUCGCACUAAUCCUGUUCAAGAACGAAAAUCUAGGAGGAGGAAAUGUGUACUAAUUCAGUGAAGUGGGUUGAAAAUGUAUAUCCCACCGUCGCAUGAAUUCUACAGCACCAGGUUCAAAGCCCAAAUGCUAGACUUGAAAUUUGAGCAAGUCUGAAGCGACAUUUCAGCUUGUCAAGGUCAUAAACAUCUGCAUCGACGGUCCUGAUUCCGUUGUCCGAGGUGGGGCAGGAAAUUUUUAGGAUGUGGUAUAAUGUAGUGUUUUUCUAGGCUUGGUUAAGGAAAUCAAUUGCCAGAAUAAGAGGGGGCGAUUAUGUUAAAGGAGCAGGAUCUAAUAUUGAAUAGUGUGCAUAGUUUAAUUCUUCACCCUUAAU